AUAAGGCAGGAUUAGUCUCGCUCUCGCAUAGCCGCUAGCCAGACCGGAGGAACAACAAACAGCAGCUACAAUGGGGGUGGUAACAAUUAAAGUCGAAUACUGUGGUAGAUGAGGUUACGAAAGCCGCUAUCAGGAGCUCGCCCGGGUUGUCAAGGGUGAGUUUCCUGAUGCGGAUGUGUCAGGCUUCACGGGAAGACAAAGCAGCUUUGAGAUUGAAAUCAACGGUCAGCUGAUCUUCUCCAAGACUGAGACGGGCGGGUUUCCAUAUGAGGAUGACGUCUUGAAUGCAGUCCAGCAGGCCCACGAUGGCAAACCUGUGCAGAAGAUCACCAAAAGCCGUGCGCCAUGCGUCAUCAUGUAAACCUCCCCUCAGUCCUGCAGCAUCAAGACAGGCCAGUGCAACUGUUCACUGCCAACAGAGAUGCACUAUGACCACUAGCUGCCGUCUUUGACGCAGAUCCCCAAACGUCUGGCUCCCCCUCUUAGUUCUCAUUGUGGUUCUCCAGGCUGUUAAUGAUUACUGUAGCCUAAACUGCCUUAACGGUUAAAGGGUUAUAGUAUGAUGAAUCCAUUCCUGGAGUUUCCUUAUUAUAGGAGCUGUGAUGGGGAGAAUAUGUCACAGAAAUUUUGAAGGGAUUCCACUUUACUUCACUUUUUUUACAGCCUCAUUGCCUGGUAUUCUCUAACUGCCUAUUUUAUGUUUACUGAGCUCACGUACAAUUACCAAUUUCAUUGAAUGCAAGUACCAUGCAAAGUAUUUGCACGUAUAACUUUUAUUUUUUUUAAAGGCAGACUGCCUCUUGGUUUCUGCGUCAUGCAUUGCUCUAUGCUGAAUAAUCUUUUACUGAAGCAUUUUUCUAUUAAACUAAUUAAAACACUCUGAUUACUGUAAAGGCUGUGAAUAGUGAAGCAAUGUUAUAUAUUAUGAGUGAAUGCUAAAUGAAAUUUAUACGUAUCAAAUUGGAAUUUUUCUUUUUAUGCUAAGCUCCUCUGCCACCAAAAACAUGUAUGUUAGCUUAGUGCUCCUCAAAAGGCACUGGCUAAAGAACUUGUUGGUUCUCCGGGUACUGCAGAACCUUUAACCUUUUUCUGUAAUUUAAACUGGUCAGGUACUAGAGCGAUCAUCAGAAGUGCUUCUGAAGACCACCAUCCACUGGUCUGUCAGCUCACACUCAAUUGAUGUCAAGCUCAUUUUCCACAAAUCAUCUUGCAUUGUUCACUCUGAUGUCAAAACUUUCAAUAAAUAAUGGUUCUCUAAGUACA